AUGGGGUUGCAUCAGGGAUCGGCUCUUAGCCUGUUUUUGUAUGCCUUAGCAUUAGAUGUGCUGACCCGACACAUGCAAAGGGAGGUGUCAUGGUGUAUGCUAUUCGCUGAUGACAUAAUAUUGCUUGACGAGACGCGAGGCGGAGUUAACGCUAGGUUGGAAGUUUGGAGACAGACACUGGAGUUUAAAGGUUUCAAGUUGAGUAUGUUAAAAACUGAGUAUUUGGAAUACAAGUUUAGUGAUGGGUUGCAUGAAGAAGAAGUGGAAGUGAAGAUUGGUACUCAAGUCAUCCCUAAAAGAGAUAGUUUCAAGUAUCUUGGAGCUAUUAUUCAAGGCAAUGGGGAGAUUGACGAGGAUGUUACUCAUCGUAUUGGAGUAGGGAAGGAAAUGAUUAGGGAUGAAGUUAUUAGGGACAUGGUAGGAGUGACAUCUAUGGAGGACAAGUUGCGGGAAUUUAGGUUGAGAUGGUUCGGGCAUGUGAAAAGGAAAGACAUAGAUGCACCGGUCAGGAGGUGUGAGGGGUUAUCCAUGGUUGGUCUGCGGAGGGGAAGGAGUAGGCUUAAGAACUAUUGGGGAGAGGUUAUUAGGCAGGACAUGUCAUUGCUUCAACUUACCGAGGAUAUGACCAUCGAUAGGAAGAUAUAG